AUGCAUUUAUCUGGAUGGGAAGAUCAUUUACGAAUGUGUAUUUACGAAACAUUUCAUCCCGAACAUCCAUUUACUCGUUUAAUUGUUCCUUUAGAUGGUCAAUGUGCUGAUGAUGUUUUUAGCCCAAUUCCCUACCAAAAAGGAGCUGCUUUACUUUUAUUAUUAGAACAGCGGUUAGGAGAUCCACCUCGUUUUGAACAAUUCCUUCGAAGUUAUAUUAAUAAAUUUGCCUAUAGAUCAAUUGUUACAGAUGAAUGGAUGGAUUAUCUCUACGAAUUUUAUGAUGACAAACGUUCAAUUUUGGAUUCAAUUAAUUGGAAUAACUGGUUACAUAGGCCAGGAAUGCCUCCUCAAAAGCCGACUUUUGACGAAACUUUAUUAAAAAUUUGCAAAUCACUUGCCAAUAAAUGGUUAUAUGGAUCUGAUAAAGAAAUAAAUGACCUUGAAGCUAUUGAAUUUGAAGAAAUGAUGACUGCACAAAAAGAAAAAUUUUUCAGUCUUUUGGAUGUUGAUAUAUCAAGUGGAAGUGCUCAUUCAUUCAAUCAUGAACGUAUUGAAAUUAUGGAAAAGAAAUAUUCAUUAAACACUACAGGAAAUUGUGAUGUUAAAUGUCAAUGGAUUUUGGUAGCUUUACAAGCUAAAUGGGAGCCAAUAAUUCCAAUUGCUUUAAAAUUUGUUUCUGACAUUGGACGUGUUAAAUAUGUCCGUCCCUGUUAUCAAAGAAUGUUUGAAUGGAAAGUUAGCCGUGAAAGUGCUUUGGAAACUUUUGAGAAAAAUAAGCCUAGAAUGCACAAUUUUACUAUUCAAUUCGUUCAAAGCUUAUUAAACAAUAAAAACAAAAAGGGAGCUAAUAAUGAAAUGGUGGGUAAUAAUUGGGGAUAG